AUGGCGCCAUAUUCUGUUCCUCCCAAGCCUCUCCCGUUGAAGGUCUCGUCCCCCAACGGCGGAGACAAACCCAACUAUGUUAUCUUCAUGCCAGAUCAGCUGAGGUACGACUCGCUGAGCUGCACUGCAGAAGAUAAAGCGGAAGUCCGGACGCCAAACAUCGACGCCUUUCGUCGUCGCGGUACCCUUUUCACCAAUUGCUUCACCCAGGCCUCUGUCUGCUCGCAGUCAAGAUGUAGCAUGUUCACCGGAUGCUACCCGCAUGUGAGCGGCCAUCGCAGUCUGGAGAAUCUCAUCAAGCCCUGGGAGCCUAAUAUCUUCCGCAGUAUGAAAGACAACGGGUACCAUAUUGCCUGUCUGGCACCGAGGGGUGACACCUUCGCUCCGACUGUCACUGAGCUGAGCGUGACGGAGUACGGUUUCCUAGAAACUCCAGAAUUCAUGCCGAAAUUUGGAAGAGGCAAUAAGGAAGAAGUGGAUAAGGAGAAUAUCUGGAGUCGGCUAUUUUACAGAGGCCUUCGGAACGCCAACGAAGCUCUCGACUACGACGAGGCAGUAGUGCGGUCGGCACUAAGGUGGCUCGACUGUCCGCCAAAGGACAAGCCGUGGGUGCUGUUCAUGCCACUAAUCUUCCCUCAUUGCCCCUUCCAGGUGGAAGAGCCGUAUUUCUCAAUGUAUGACCGCUCGCAAAUGGCCGGCAUUGUCUCAAAGCCAAAACAUAAGACCGGUUAUGAGCCUCGUUAUAUGAAUACCAUCCGAGAACAGUAUGGAACGGGCCGAGCGACUGAAGAUAUGUGGAAAGAGAUAAGGGCCACAUAUUAUGGCAUGAUCACCCGUCUAGACGAUCAGUUCGGUCGUGUUAUUAAGAAAGUGGAAAAUUUGGGUCUAUGGAAGGACACGGUAACUAUGUUCUUCACCGACCACGGCGAGUAUCUGGGAGACCAUGGUCUGAUUGAGAAGUGGCCAUCUGGGUUGUCAGAGACGCUCGUGCGAGAACCUCUGAUCAUAGGUGGUGCUGGGCUUCCUGAAGGCAAAACCGUCAACCCGAUGACCGAGAUGGUAGAUCUUGUACCCACAAUGCUUGAACUCUCAGGAAUUGGAGAACACUUUCCUCAUAAUGGAAAGUCGUGGAUCCCGGUCCUCGUUCACGAUUCGAAAGAGCACAAAAAGUAUGCCUUCUCUGAGGGCGGCUUCCUAACAUCCGAAGAACCCCUGCUUGAACAGGCACCAUACCCGUACGACAUCAAGGCGGGCCUUCAGCACGAAGAUACCAUUCUCGUUGGAAAGGCAAUCUCGUUGAGAGACGAGCGGUACGCCUACAUAUACCGGCUGUACGAACCCGCGGAGUUGUACGACCGGGUUGCUGAUACGCACGAAAUGCACAACCUCGCAGCUGAGCCUGAGCACCGCGAUCUCGUAGCCAAAUACGAGAAAGAAGUCCUCCGCUGGCUUAUGGAGGGUAGCGAUUUCUUGCCGUGGGAGAAGGACACUCGGUUCCCACAAGUGGACUUGAAGAGCCCCAAAGAACAGAUGGAGGAGCGUCUUCGCAACAUUAGCUAA